AUUUUUCCCCAUCCCCAACACAAUACAGUCUGGUACUUGAGUGUAUCGGCUGUCGCUUUCCUUAGAAAUGGCUUCCGGUACUGUGACCAUCGAGAAGACUUACUUUGAGACGCUGUUACGAAGGUAUGUUGGUCCGGUCUCCUUGGGUUGCGAUGUUGGAGGCGCGUGCUUGCGCUCCGAAAAUGUGGGAUUGUGGAUUGCGGAGGAGCUUGAAGCUUGGAUUGGGAUGGGAUGCUGAUGCAUCCGAAUGCUGAUCGGUACCCCGCCAAAACUAGAGCCCAAUUUGUACGUUCCAGUUCCACCAGCAGAGGGGCAAUCUGCUUUUCGAAAUCUCGAAUUAAUCACAUCCAUAGCAUGCGCCGGCCACCGAUUUCACCACUCCUCUCGACGUUCUCACCGUGACAAUUCCCAAGAGCGAUCAUGAUAGUCUUGUACGAGGUCCCCUCCACAAUCACGCAAUGCCCAUGCUACACAUGCUGAUUUGCUCCCAGUUGACCAUUGCCCGACAAUUUGGUACGCUGUACUCUGCGCGGAGCUUGUUACUCGCACCCUUAAGCCGAGUCGAUUUUUGUUGGUUGGACUGUUGGUUGACUUUUUUUCUCUAGCAAAUCUGCAGACAAACCUUAUUCAGGGCGGCAUCACUCAAGAAACCCUAGCCGUGAGUUCUAAGGGUGUCACUUGCUAUUGGAUGGCACUAACAGCCGCCACUAGAUCUUGACCCAAGGAGUUCCUAGCAACGAUGAAACAGCUACAACAAUUACCUCUGCAGUCGACGAGAGCUCCGAUGCUGGUUUCCUCUCUCAACGACCAUUGUCAACAGUCUACACUAAUGGCGGGCAGGACUACACAUUCGGAAGAAAUGCCAAUUACACCCCCCGAAAUACUGGGCCUCGGCCACGAGACACCAAUGGCUACAAGAGUGGCUAUCAAAAUGGGUAUCAAAAUCACUCCAGCAGCGAUGAGAAUCUACACAUGCCCGAAGCACCAGUAGAUGCAUUUUACGAUGGAGGAAGUAACGUAGAGUCGCAACCAAAGUCCCGACGUCAAUAUGACAAGUUUGCAAAACGCACCGUGCUAUUGGCCAACCUCCACGAAGCUACAACCCAUGCCGAUAUUGUCGAUGCAGUUCGAGGUGGUAUGUUGUUGGAUCUCUACCUUCGCGGGGGUGAUAGAACAGCAAGUGUAUCAUUCUUGGAGGAGGCAGAUGCUCACGAAUUCUUCCGUCAUUGCAAGGCCAAUGAUCUAUACGUUCGUGGAAAGAGAGUACGCACUACUUGAUGGGUUUUCCGGACUUUUUAUGCUAAUCAGACACAGGUCGACGUCCGUUGGAAUGAUCGCCAGUUCAUCCUUCCAGGACAUGUUGCCAACAAGAUUGCUAUUGGUGCAACUCGAAAUUUGGUGGUUUUGAAUCGUACUCCAAGACAUACGGAGGAAAUGAUUCGUGACGAUCUGGAGCAUAUUCACAAUCUUGUUGUCAUCAAGGUUGUGUUUGACAAUCACAACGCCUAUAUCUCCACCAACUCUGUCCACAAUGCAAUGUUUGCCAGAACUUGUAUGAUGAGCCGCGCUGUAUAUAAGAGCUCGAAGAUUGAAUGGGAUACCGACGAAUGUGCUGGACCUUUUGAACCACGUCGACAGCCCACGACCAAUUCGAAGGAGGCGACCAAGAAGGAGGUACCAUUGACGAAUCGAUUCCAGCUUCUCAGUAUGGAUGAGGAUGAUGGAUCAUUCGAGAACGACGACGAAAUUGUAAGCGGCAUGGAUUUUCCAACUCCGGCUUCCUUUAUGGUUUCUUGAGUGAUCUCUUUUCGAAGCUGCUGCUGGGAUUCUUUUUGAUGAGACUGGGGAUGAUUCAUGAAUGAGACGACGACUUUCAGUUUGAUGCUGCCACGGAGCUCUUUUGUUUUCUUUUGGCGUUGAGGGGCGUUGCUUUCGCUGGACAAAGGGGUUUGGUGAUUAUUCAGAUACCCUAGGUCUGUCUGUUACUGAUCGCGAAUACCCCCAAAUUUGUAUUUUGUUGCUCCAGCUGGUUGGGCGAGGUCAUUUCUAAAAGGGGAAGUCGUCCAAUAUGUAUAUGUAAGAUUACGGUGGCAUGGUAAAUUGCUGUAGCUCACUCGGGUGAGGGAUGCCCAAGUGUCAAUAGGUAGUUCGGGUGAAAAAUAGGAAUUGAGAGUUAC